AGUACCAGUCAAAUACCUGUCGUGCUAAUGACACGCCUCCUCCUCCUCCUCCUCCUCCUUAACCCAUGCGGCCUUCUUCCUCCCAGCUGGCUGGGUUCAUCACCAUGAGUGCUUCUCCUCUUCUGCACCAACAUCGCCAUAUAAUAUCAUCGAGCUUCCUGAUCAAAGAAGACCUGAGAGAGGAGAGAAACAGAGGGUUAGUUUGAAUGGUGGAAGCAGCGGGGCCUUUCCGGAGAAGGGGCGGCACCAUGGAGGAGGUGCAGAUGGAGGAGGCAUUCAUCUUCUCUCAAACCAUCAAGGACCUCAAGGCUCUGCGACCGCAGCUGUAUUCUGCAGCAGAGUAUUUCGAACUAGCCUACACACAGGAAGGCGGAAAGCAGGCGGUGAUGAGUAACCUCAAGGAGUACGCUGUGAAGGCCCUCAUCAACACUGUAGAUCACCUAGGAUCCAUAUCCUUCAAAGUCUCCAGCCUUGUUGAUCAAAAGCUCGACGAGGUGGCCGAAGCCAAUCUGCGGGCCUCCUGCAUCCAGCAGAGAGCUCAAACGAUCCAAGCAUGCGUGAACAGAGAAGGCCUGACGCAGCAAUCAUUGGUGAUCACCGCUCCAAAGUAUCACAAGAGGUACAUCUUACCAGCAGGAGAUGGUUCAGUUCCCAAUGCCGUGCCCAACUUCAGCGAGAUGAAUAAGGCCAAGAGCAGGACUACACAGAUGCAUCAGGCCUUCCGUGCAGCAGCAGCAUCUGCAGCUCAAACAAAAAACAAAGACAAGCAAGCUUCAUUCCGCAAGCUCCGGUCGAUUGCCCGUGCACCUUCUCAGAGUGCACGUUCAUCCUCUCCAGCACAGCAUCCGCGCUUCGUGCCACUUUCUGAUACUGCAAUACCCACCAAAAGAGAUAAAAGAUCGGAUUCACCAAUGUAUUCGACAACUCCACUCACAAGGUCUGGGUCACUCUCAAAGAAGUCAUCCUUGCUCAAGACAUCAAGUGUCAGGGUCCAGAUGCAGACAACUUCAGAUCCCAAGAGAUUGGUACCGCUGCGGUCAUACGCUGAUAGGUACAAUGACGAUUCCAAGGAAAGCGAUCAGACUCUGAAGAAGAGCAAGAAGUUCCUCAAGUCUCUGCUCAGUAGGCGCAAGUCUGGAAAAGAAGAACCACUGCAGGAUAGUGUCCCUUAGGCUGUAAAGGAUGAAAACUUUCAUAGGAGUGUCCAUUACUAUCCUCAGUACUCAGUUAACUUUGUGUGAUUCCUCUCAAUAGUAAUUAUUGUUUAUGUUUGUUCAUCAUUUGAAAGACGGUGCUUAAGGUGAGCCCUGGCCCUGGAAAUGACUUGAAUUAUUAUUAUUUUGCUCGA